GUGUGAAUUAGCAAAAGUUACUCAUGUGAAAUAAAAAAAAAAUAGUAGUCUAUGGUUCAAGAUGGCUCUCAAAGCUUUAGUUGGACAAAAGAUUAUGAAUGAAGUGAUCCGCUAUCGCGGACCCAAAGGAAAGGAGUCUCAACGUAUAGAAUGGCGGAUUCUCAUUGUGGAUCAGCUGUCUAUGCGUAUGGUCUCUGCUUGUUGUAAAAUGCAUGACAUCUCAGCUGAAGGCAUUACUUUGGUUGAAGACAUCCACAAGAAGCGAGAACCACUAUGUACCAUGGAUGGCAUUUAUCUCAUCACACCAUCAGAGAGAUCUGUACAUGCCCUUAUCAAUGAUUUCUCUGUUGGUAAUCGCAUCAUGUACAAAGCUGCUCAUGUGUUCUUCACUGAAGUGUGUCCUGAGGAAUUAUUCAAUGAGUUAUGCAAGUCUUCAGCAGCAAGAAAAAUCAAAACACUGAAGGAAAUCAACAUAGCUUUCUUGCCAUAUGAAAGUCAGGUAUUCUCUUUAGAUUCGCCUGAGACUUUCCAGUGUAUGUAUAAUCCCGCAUUGGCCCAGACUCGCAAUGCUAACAUGGAGCGCAUAGCAGAGCAAAUUGCUACCCUCUGCGCUACACUUGGAGAGUACCCUUCUGUCCGUUACCGCAGCGACUGGGAACGUAAUGUUGAACUUGCUCAACUUAUCCAGCAAAAACUUGAUGCUUACAAGGCAGAUGAGCCAACAAUGGGCGAAGGACCUGAGAAAGCGCGCUCUCAACUUCUUGUUUUAGAUCGUGGCUUCGAUUGUGUCUCACCCUUACUGCAUGAACUUACUCUUCAAGCUAUGGCAUAUGAUCUUCUACCUAUUGAAAAUGACGUUUACAAAUAUGAAGCAUCACAAGGUCAAUUAAAAGAGGUAUUGCUAGAUGAAAAUGAUGAACUAUGGGUUGAACUUAGACAUCAACACAUUGCUGUUGUGUCCACUUCUGUUACUAAAAACCUGAAGAAAUUUACGGAAUCUAAGCGAAUGGGAGGAGGUGAUAAACAAUCAAUGCGAGAUCUGUCACAAAUGAUCAAGAAAAUGCCUCAAUAUCAAAAAGAACUAUCAAAAUACGCAACACAUUUACGUCUUGCUGAAGACUGUAUGAAAGCCUAUCAAGGAUAUGUUGACAAACUCUGUAAAGUAGAACAGGACCUUGCUAUGGGAACAGAUGCAGAGGGAGAAAAAAUAAAGGAUCACAUGAGGAGCAUUGUGCCUGUCCUUUUAGAUCAAGGUGUAACAAACUUUAACAAGAUGCGCAUUAUCGCAUUGUACAUCAUGUCAAAAAAUGGUAUAUCAGAAGAGAACUUGAACAAGUUGGUAACACAUGCACAGCUCGAGCCGUCAGACAAGCAGGCUUUACUUAAUCUCGCCAACCUCGGCCUCAACGUAGUUAUCGAUGGUAACAGGAAAAAACAAUAUCAAGUGCCGAGAAAAGAACGAAUCACUGAACAAACGUACCAAAUGUCACGAUGGACACCUGUAAUAAAAGACAUUAUUGAGGACGCAAUUGAUGACAAACUUGACCAACGUCACUUCCCAUUUUUGGCGGGCCGAGCCCAAACUUCUGGAUACCAGGCCCCAACAAGUGUUCGUUAUGGUCAUUGGCAUAAAGAUAAGGCACAGCAGACCAUAAAAAAUGUACCCCGCCUCAUUGUCUUUGUUGUCGGUGGUGUAUGCUUCUCUGAGAUCCGUUGUGCCUAUGAGGUGACAGCUGCCCUCAAGAACUGGGAGGUAAUCAUAGGCUCUUCCCACAUCAUGACACCAGAAAUAUUUCUCUCGGACUUGAGCUCACUCACUGCCUAAAUAGCUGAGAAAAUCAGCUAUUUAAUAACUAACUACUGUAUCGUUCACAAAAUUAAAUGCUAUACUAAAGAAAACGCCUUGACUUGUAGGCAUGUGGUAGAUUGACGUCAAACAACUAAUUAUGUAGAAGUAACCUUUUGACCAUCGAUUGUGAUAUUCUUAAGUUAUAACUUGAAUUGUUGCAACUACUUGCGAUUGAAGAUAUAAAGAUACAAAGUAAUAUAUGUCCUGUAGUAGUAUAAUUAUUUUGAUUAUUUUCCUUAUUAUUAGUCCUAACGUUAGCAAAAUAAUAAAAAAAGGAUUUCUAACUAAACUUAUUUUAGAACAAGGUCCUAAGAGUAGUAUUAACGUUAAGGUUACCAAAAUUAACGAAAGAUUUUACAAAUCACGCGGCAACAUACACAACAAUAUUCACAUGUAUAUUCUUAAUUUCAUUUCCUAUUAACACAGGUAUCUUUGUAUCUUUUAAAUUAUAAACAUGAAAAAGACAUCAGAAAUCUGUCAUGCGAUACUAAAUACAAUUUGAUACACCUAUAGUUUAUCAAAACUUUCAUGACUUUGUUUCUGAAAAUGAAAGAAUUAAAUAUUUAUUAUUCAUUAAUAUAAUUGCUACAUUCCGAAGCUUGUUAUUGUGACCUGUUUGUUUAUAUAAUGUAGAUUAUUUACUUUCUUAUUUACUAUUUGUUUCGAAAUUGCCAUGACCUCCUGUCUUAUCUCGGCAUACCAUGUGAUUACUAGCCGCCAGUGUGGUUAUUAUAGACUAAUAUCGUCUUAUAUGAAGAAGUGCCCAGCCAACUGGGACUAUAAUGAAUUGUCCUAUCGUUUGAUCUUUUUUUUAUUGCUAUAGAAAAAUUCUGUUUCUUGCUGUUGGAUACUUCCUCAUUAUAUAAUAAUUGGAUCAACCAACAUAAUAUCAUUAAUUAUCAAAUACACAUUGUUUAGAGUUUUGAAUGAAUAAUGAUCUAACACAUGUUUACAUAGAUUUAUUUGUGAUAUGUUUUAAAACAAUUAAAGAUGGUUCAAUGUAUAUUAAGUUUUUGUUACAUGUAGAAUAUUUAUAUUGUUAAAAACUUUAAAGUUUUAAGUAUCAUUUUAGAUUUAGUUUUAAGAGUUUAAAUGUAUUUAAAUAAUUUAUCAUAACUUUGUUAAUAUGUUUUGCGUUUUUUGUUUUAAAAAUACAUUGUGCACAUAAAAAGUUAUGUAAUUGAACAACAAAGUUGGUAGUCAUAUCUAAUGCCUUUUUAUUGCUUUUGUUUCAUUUUUUAAUGCCAAAUGCUAGAAUGAAUACUAUCUUUUAACCGGUGCAGUGUGAUAAGUACAAUACAAAAAAUUAACUGUUCAAAAUGUAACGUGCCCCAACAGUUGUUAUUCCAUUCAAAUACAACAUAUGCACCGUUAGUUUCUCUACAAAUAUCUAAAUGUUUAUACUGUAGAUUACAAUUCGCUAGAACUUUAUAUAUAUUAUUCUCUAGAACUUUUGACUUGGCUCUUCAAGGUAAUUAAGAAUUAUGUAUAUGAAAUGUGUGUAUCAUCACAGUUUAUUUCGCAUAUGCAUUUCACUGACAGUUGCUGCAAUAAUCAUCUAUUCACAAUUUUUUCCUGUAAUGUGUGUAAUUAAACAUUAUUUAAUCGAAUAAUGUUUGAAUAAAUAAUGUUACAUAAUAGAUGUAUUUCAUCUCACUUAAAUGUGUUUAUUAGAAAAUAAAUCAUAAUUUAACAAUAUUUAAUAAUAGAAUUUGCUGCAGUUUUGUCAAUAUUGUUAGAAUUGAAAUUUUCAGAAACAUUUCUACUUGUGAAUCAUUUAUUAAUUAAUCUGUAAGGUUAUUAAUUAGAAGUAAAUUGUUUUAUCUAAUGCCAUAAUUAAGGCUUUCAUUUCAUAUAUAUCUACAAAAAUGUAUUCAUUAUACUUAAACUGUUGUAACCAAUGAAUUAACUGGAAAUGGUGUAAACUGGCCGUGGUUUACUGCAUCAUUAUAAUAUAGAUAGCAUAUAAGUGUGUCACAGACUUAUUUUAUAACCAACCAUUUGUGCAAUUACGUAGAAAAGUAUUAUUGUCUACACGCAUUAAUUACCAGUAUUGAGAUGUUAAAAGUUUCAUUAAAAAUAUUUAAUCGUCA